AUGUCUGACUUCACGCAACUAGUGGCCGACUGCAAUGUGCCAGCAGCUGUCGCCCCCUUGCUUUCAGCAUUCGACGUUGCUUUGUUUGCCCGGUCCUGCACCACUUCGGCAGAGCUUGAAGAGUUGGUGAACCACUUUCUGGCUGAAGCCUCAGUUACUGAUGCAGCUGAGCGCUUUAUCACCAAAGCUUCGCUUCGCUUGCUUUUUUGCAAAUGCCGAACGUCAGAGGGCAUGGCAUCCUUGGAAGCCGCUCCCACUCCCACCACCCCGCUUGGUGAUGGGCCUCCAGCUGCUACCCCGGCUCCCCCGGCCACGCCUCCACUUUCCAGCUCUUGCCAAGAGGCUUGGCCUGCGAAGCUGAGUGGGGAGCGAACCGCAGCGCUUAGGAAGAGGUUCGAGGAGGACUACCCCACUGAACUUCUUGACGCCGAGAGCUUUCCAAGCGCCCGCUUAUUGGCCCUCACCAAUAAGAUGCUUUCCGACAAGGAGGUGCGAUGGAUUCCUUGGAAGUACCGCUUAAGCGCUCGUGCUCAAGAAGACAGUCUCCUCGUUCGGCCCAGGAAACAGGCCCGCUUUGACCUAACAGAGCUUUUUCUGGACGAGGCGCCUACACGUGACAUACAUGAAGGCCCCGCUUCCUUUGGCCUCGUCACUCAGCUUCUGUCACUGGCUGCCAAUGCCAUUGCGCUCUGUCAAGGUGCACACCUUGGUUCUCUGAAGCUUUAUAAUAAACGCUUCAUGAGGAUCUGCUUCACGAAGUACGAUGCCGCCGCCAGCUUACGAGGUCCCACUACCAUGGAAGCCCAGGCCGCCGACCGCCGCUGUUGGGAAAUCAUCGCCGACUUAGUCAAUGUGCACCACUGGAAGUUGGACGAUGCGCUUCACGAAGUGGCCGAGGUGCGCUCUGACAUGCACAGCCUGCUUGCACCGAGGCCCUUUAUUCCCAAACCGAAGUUCGACCCGGACAACAGCUGGAAGGCCCGCUUCACAGGCAACGGUCGAGGCGGCAAAGGCGGUGGCCGCGGCGGCAAAGGCCGUGACGGCAAAGGCGAGAAGGGAGAGCGCUUUGAGAGAGGGGGCAAAGGUGGCAAGGGCAAGGACAACAAGCAAGCCACGCCACCCGGCAAGUGGCUUUCCACCCUCUUCAUGGAUGGCAAACGUCAGACGCUUUGCAUGAGGUACCAGAGCGGGCAGUGCAAGGACCCGGCCACAUGCCGCUACUUGCACAGAUGCGCAGAAACCCACUUCAGCGAGCUGCGGGACAUCGCUGAGGAGGUCACGACCGUCCCGCUUAGUGUGCCGGCACAACCGUCAGGCUCAGCAGGGGCCACUUCGUCACUGCCAAAGGCACGUGCCCUUGUCUCCGAUGCAGCAUCGGCACUCAGUGAAGGCUCUCUCGACUUCGCUACUUGCUUGGAGCUUCUAGCGCAGUACUUUUCCAUUCCCUUCGCUUCUUCUUCUCACUGCCCCGACAAUGCCAUUGCAGCCUCUGAAGCAUAUUUCAAUUUGGGGGCUUUCGCUUUUGACAAUGGCUCCAGAUCGGGCAUCUUUCAGCGUACCGAGCAGUUUUCAGACGUUCUUCGAUUCUUGAACGCUUUUAUGCAGCUUCAGUUCCCUGAAGCCUCCUGGAGCUCCCUCUGCGUCAGCCACAACGUUCGCACCCGCUUACACACAGAUUCUGGCAACGCUGCAGGGUCUCUGAAUCACACAGUUUCACUUGGCAACUUCAGCGGUGGCGAGGUUUGGCUUUGCCCCGCUUUGAACCAGGCGGCUUGUCAGGUACCCGCCCCCUGGGAUGCCUCGUCCGAGGCUCACAGUGCAUGUGAAGUGGGUACAGGCGAGGUGCGCGACACUUGGCACGCGCCGCUCUCCUUUAGCUGUGAAGCACUUCACUGUACGCUUCCGAUACAAGGAGACCGGUGGGUAUUGACUGCCUACACUUGCAAGAGCCUAGACCGCUUUGAUGCAACGUCACUGGCACACCUGAGGUCUCUGGGCUUCCCGCUCCCGCCGGCAACCCCAUGCCACCCGCAGUCAAUACAUCCCCCGCUCAAGGACACAACAUGCGUGGAGCUCUUCCUGGAUAUAUGCUGCGGGGCCGCUCACCCACUUACCACGGCGAUGUCUUCAUACGGAAUCACUUGUCUGCCCAUAGAUCUACUGGGCGAGGAGCAACUCGACCUGCUCAACGACGACACCUACGACCACUUGCUUCGGCUGUGCUUUGCUGGGAUUGUCCGCUUAGCUCACGGAUCGCCACCCUGCAAGGAGUACUCCCGCUUGAAGCUUCGUCCAGGUGGGCCUCCAGCCAUUCGAUCGCCGGAUCACAUGAAUGGUCUGCCAGGGAACACCGCUUCGCAGCAAGCUAGAGUACAAAGCAGCCAGAAGCUUCUAUAUCGUUGCGUAUGCCUCCUGAGAGCAGCUUUUUGUUCAGGCGCGCAUGUAUCCCUGGAACAACCCACUAACGCCAUGUCCUGGCUUGAGCCUUUUGUUCAGGACAUGCUUUCCGAAAUACAGGCCUCACUGGUCAAUAUCCCGGCAUGUUCAGUGGGACAGGAUAUAGCAAAAUCGUGGCUUUUUGCUUGCAGUUACAGCGAAUUCCGCUUUCUGGCAAGCACAUGUUCGCAUGCAGGAGGCCACCAGUCCGUCGCAGGAACCAGGGACGAACACGGGACCUUUUUGUCCCAGCGGACGGCGGAGUACCCGUCCCAGCUUGCCGAGAAAUUCUCAGCGAAGGCAGUGCACUUAUUUUCUUCGGCAAGACCUGCUUAUUCGGUUUCGCCCUGCUCCUUGAAGUUCGCACUGGCCUCAGUUCCCAAAAAGCCGCGUUCAUCAACGCCUACAGCAGCGCAGGAUGGCGGGGGCAUCUACUCUUUGCCCGACUGGUCACUUGGCCCAAGGUACCAGUCCGACAGCUUACACGACCUGCGGAAGGAAUGGCAAUCUUGGCUGCUUCAGAACAGAAUUCCUCUCAGACUCCAGCAACACGUUGCCGAAGCCAGCAAUAAACCGCUUUUCUCAACGGAAGAAACAGAGUGGCUUCGCUCUUCUUUCAAGCGCUUUUCGGACGCUCACUCCCCUACUAUGCUGGGUGACAAGGACACUUCCCUUUUCCCCGCUUUGCAGAAGGGCGUGCCUACGGGAUUCGACGGCGACAUCCCUCGCAGCCACACACUCCGACCUCGUGAUCCCAACAACUCAGACGAACCCACUGACGAGCAGUUGUAG